CCCGCCGCCGCAUCGACACACCAUUCUCAUAACCCGCAUACGCAUCAUCUUUUUCUUCCUUCUUUGCUCGUGCUGCCUGCUUGACAGCUUCGCGUUCGCCGUCUCCACUCUAUUCUCGCUAAUAUUCGCCCGUUACCGUUGCACUGCGGGUGCCAGUGAAAAUGGGCCUUCCAAUAUGGCGUUCGCCUCCCUCCUCACCACGACCUGCCGCCGCUGCGCUUUGUGACGUCGGUGCCGCGCGCAGCGCGAUCAGGCGACGCAUCCCACCUCGCGCAAACCGGCGCGACAACGUGCACAGAUUCUUGCCCGUCUCGCGCAACUCGCAGUCAUCCACGAAUUCGGGUGCGAGGAGUAGGAGCCAAAUCGCCACGCUGGAUUCGCUGUCAAGUCACGCCUCCGCGCUCUCCCUGUCCUCGCUCAAUGCGCGGCUGAACGACCUACAGGAGAGCGCAGUUCACCUGCGGAACCAGCAUAGGCAGUUGCUCGAAGCACAUGCUAUCGCAAGCGAAACAGAGAGCAGAGACCAGACGCCUGCCCUCGUCAUCACCAAUGAUUACGGGCUGCCGUAUGUACCCGCGGCGAACCCAGGUUUGCCCAUCACAUCUCAAUACGAGCGGUCCAUCAACCGUUACCAGGCUCGUCUGCUCCGUGCGAGGCAGGAGAUUCAGCGGCUCGAAGCUGAGGGCCUUCAGGUAGACGAGCAGCGUCGACGCCUCAAUAGACUUCAUACCGACUUCUACAACCGUCACUUGCCAUACAACGAUCUCGACGUAUCCACUACAUUCAUCAGCUUGUCCAGAUUGCGUGACGACUCGGAACCCGUGCCGCAUAUUAUAAGCGUUCCGGGGCGCUUUACCAGCUCGCCACAGCCCAUCCAAGACACCAUGUCGUCCAGCACUGCGCGAGUUUCCCUACCAAGUUCGUCUCGCUUAUCCGUCCCCGAAAUGGAGCGACGCACACUGCGUCGCAUGAGCGAUGGCAAUAUCGACGAUCACAGCCCAGAACGCACCGUUAUUGAAGCCUACACGGUCGAAGAGGCAAUCGAAGAUUUCCACGAUGGUCUUGGUGAUCGAAAUCGCAGUGUCGAGCCAGACGAAGCCGAGGAGGAGAGCUGGAACACCAUGCUGGCCACCAUUGCCCCGGACGACCGUUUGCCGUCCGCCUCGUCCUCAUUUGCUUCGGACGCAGCUUCGAGGUCAUUUUCAAGUAGCAACAGCUCGUCUCGAGCACCUUCCGCAUUCUCCUCUGGCACGACCGUCACUGUGCCCGAAGAUAACGGAUGCGAUACCGAAGAGAUCUGGCGUACCAUUGGCGAGCGGUUCAACCGAGGCGAGGACGUUCCCGACGAGCUUUGGGUUAACGCUGGCGUACCCAUAAGCACUGCCCGUGUCCUCGCUCGAUCGAUGCGUGAGCGCCUUUAAAGUACAAAAAAAAAUCCAUACAAAGUCUCGUUUUCUCUUUUCCGUCAAGAGACUCCGAUCUGCUUCGCCUCCAUCUAGGUUCACGUGUCAGGAUUUUGUGAGCUUUUUGUUGGAUAAGAGCGAAUUCUGUUUUUUUCCCCCUCAUCUUUUAAUACUAAAAGUUUGAGGUGUUAUUCCUAUUUUGUGUACGACUAUGUAUAUCCUGAAGGAUUUUUCUCUAAGGGAAUUCGCUGGCUUAGGGGAAAUAAGGGACUAUAAAGGACCCGUGGGAAAGAAAAUUUUUAGGCGUGUCAAGAUCCUCCUUUUGAUGGUAGAAAGGGAUACAUAUGCUAACCCUGCCAUGCCUUAUGCAUGUGUACCGUGUUCUGCAGCAAGCACACCCUUCAAAGCUUACUCAUAAGGCUGAUCUGAGCACAAACUUGUAUAUCCAAAAGCUAUUGAAGGAAUAAAAUCAUUUCAUCGGCAGAGCACGCCAC